AUGGUAGGAAGCAGGUCCACGGAACGGAAUGGAAACCACUCCUCUGUGACCAUGUUUAUUCUCCGGGGUCUUUCAGAUGAGAAAGAGCUACAGCUCAUCCUCUUCCCAAUAUUCCUAGGGUUCUACCUUGUGACCCUUAUCUGGAACCUGGGUCUCAUCCUCCUGAUCAAGAUGGACUCCCAUUUGCACACACCCAUGUACUUCUUUCUCAGUUUCCUGUCAUUUAUCGACAUCUGCUAUUCUUCUUGCAUCAGUCCCAGGAUGAUUUCAGACUUCCUUAAACUUGAAAAAUCAAUUUCCUUCAUUGCCUGUGCCACUCAGUAUUUUGUUGGAUCGUGGAUGGCUCUGACUGAGUGCUGCCUAUUGGCCGCCAUGGCCUAUGACCGAUAUGUUGCCAUUGGUAGCCCUCUGCAAUACUCAGCCAUCAUGAGUGCCGGCCUCUGUGGAAAGAUGGCUGCUGGGGCCUGUGUUAGUGGUUUCCUUAGCAGUUUUUCUCAAACAGUUUCAUGCUUUAAUCUUUACUAUUGUGGACCAAAUAUCAUUCAACAUUUCUUCUGUGAUUUGCCUCAGAUUCUUUCCCUGUCUUGUUCCAAUCCUUAUGUCACCCAAAUCAUUCUUCUACUGUUAGCAAUUUUUAUUGGAUUUGGUUCUUUGCUUGUUAUCCUCUUAUCCUAUGGUUUUAUUGCAGCCUCCAUAUUGAAAAUAUCCUCAGGCAAAGGUAGUGCCAAGGCCUUCAAUACCUGUGCUUCACAUGUGGCAGCGGUGACACUCUACUAUGGCACAGGCUUGUCAGUGUACUUGCAUCCCAAUUCUGGUCAUUCCAUGAAGCAGGACAAGGUGUUGUCGGUGUUCUAUGUCAUCAUCAUUCCUAUGUUAAAUCCUUUGAUCUAUAGUCUGAGGAACAAGGAGAUCAAGGCAGCCCUUAAGAGACUUAUAAAGAGGGCAACAGGUUUGCCUCAGUUAGCAUAG